UAAUAAAAAUUAUUAAAAAUCUAAAAAAACAAAUAAUGGAUAAAGAGGUUAAUUACCAAGAGACAGUGUCAAUUGGUGAUUAUAUAAUAAUUCAGAAGCAGGAUUACCGAAAAGUUUGCCGAAUAACACGUGAUGGAACGUUUACGUUGGGCAAGGAGCAGGUUGAGAUGUCCGGGAUCAUCAACAAGCCUUACUGGACAACAUUCAAAAUGAUCGGACCGGUGUCGAGCUUAAAAAAUGGUUUGAAAACAAUAACUCUGGAGGUUGCGGAGAAAGCCGAAACGUCGGAGAACAUCCACAAAGGCCUGGCCAGCGGGAGCGAUAACAGAUCAAUCAAUGACGAUGGUACGUCUCAAAAAUUAUCUAAAGCUGAAAUAGAAGAUUUACGCGAGGCCGGUAAAUCAAGUAAGGAAAUAGUUGGAUAUUUAAUUGAAAACAGCAGCUCAUUUUCCUCGAAAACAGAAUACUCACAGGAAAAGUAUAUUAAAAAAAAAGAAACAAAGUACUGUAGGUAUCUAACAAUAUUAAAACCGACGGUGGGAUUGUUACAGGAAAUUUAUUUCAGGCAAGAUCCUGGGAGAGUUAAUUGUUUGAGAAUGGACACCUUGUCACAGAUAUUGUCUUACUGCGACGUUAAAUCCGAGGGCAAGUAUCUGCUGUACGAUGGUGGAUCCUGUGGUCUGGCUGCUGCUGCGAUGUUGAGCAGGAUUGGUGCUAACACUCAAGGUACUUUGAUAAACCUUCAUCCAGGAAACCAGCCCAAUUUAACUCUAGUACAAGCUAUGAAUUUUACUGACGAGCAAGUAAAGCGAAUGCUUGCUGUUAAUCUUUAUACAUUUUUACGGCUUUAUUACCAGGGCGAUCAGGUUAUCCUAGAGGAGCUGGCGAAAAAGUACGCGCUCUCGGCGCUGAGACGGCAAAACUCAGAGAACCACGAUGGAAAUCAUCAGGCGAAGAAGCCGAGACUGGAGCCUGAAGUCGAGGAUGACUCUACGACCACCAGCGAAGAAGAGGAGAAAAAAUUGAACGAUGUUAUUAUGGAGACUGACAUCGAGGCUGCUGAUGAUCUUAUCAAGACGGCGGCCUUCAAGAAACCCAAGUGGUUUCAGGAAACCAAGGAGGUUGUUGACUGUUUAAAACUAUCAAAGGCUGAUGGGUUGGCUAUUGUUGCCAAGGAACAUCCUUUGAAUAUUGUUAAUGCAUUAUUACCUUAUUUGGAGGUUUCUAAACCUUUUGUUAUUUAUCAUUGUUAUCGAGAGCCUCUUCAGGAGACUUAUGUUGCUCUUAAGUCACGCAAGGAUGUUAUUAAUUUGAGAUUAUUGUCUAACUUUUGUCGCGGGUAUCAGGUGCUACCCAACAGGACUCAUCCAGAAAUCACUACCAAUGACUUAGGUGGUUACCUUUUAGCUGGAUAUUUAGUUAGCUGAGAAAAAAUUUUUAUUGAAAUUUUUUAUGUCAAUUAAUUUUUUGAUUU